UGGUCGGUAGUGGGGUCGGUUUCGCUUCGUUUGUUCCAGAAUCGUUCUGCGCCGCCCCGCAUUGCGUCAUUUAAACCUCUGGAAGUGAGUGCGCCUUCAUUUUCUCGGUUGGGAAAAAAAUACAUUUGUUAUGAUCAUCAGCCAUCGCUUCAGCAAGACACAACGUUGAACUUUGACACACUGAAAAGGAUCAAACAACAACCAGCAACCGGCUCAAUCAUGAGUUCCCAGCCCCUCAAGAUCGGGUUUGUUCCCGAGCAUUUCUCGACGCCCAUUUACUUUGCCCACAAGCACUUUGGACUCGAUGCCGAGCUGAUCCCCUUUCCCUCGGGGACCGGACACAUGAUCACGGCGAUCCGGGCCGGAGAGAUCGAUGUGGCCAUCGGUCUGACGGAAGGAUGGAUUGCUGGAUUGGGCAAGACAGAACAGACUGAGGAGAAUGACGGCGGGUAUAGACUCGUUGGAACAUAUGUGGAAACGCCGCUUUGCUGGGCCAUCUCAACAGGAAACCAGCGUCCCGAGAUCCAAUCCGUCGACUCGCUCAAAGGUGGCAAGAUUGGCGUCUCCCGUAUCGGCUCCGGCAGUUAUGUCAUGGGCUAUGUUCUAGCGGAUCAGCGUGCAUGGCUCGUCCCAACCACGGGGGUGGGCACGUCGGCCGAGUCUGCGUCCCCUUACUCGGAUUUUGUGGUGCUCAACACGUUUGAGAAUCUCCGGAAAGCAGUGAACGACGGGACUGCGGAUUUCUUCAUGUGGGAGCAUUUUACUUCCAAAAAGUAUUACGAUAAUGGAGAGAUUAGACGUGUGGGGGAGAUCCACACUCCCUGGUCAAGCUGGAAGAUUGUGGCUUCCACCAAGUUGGUGAAGGGCACCGCGUUGGAUGGCAGGGUGGAUGAUCUGCUGGAGAAGCUGAACAAGGGCAUCCGGCAUUUCAAUGAGAAUCCAGAAGAAGCAGUCGAGUACAUCAGCACGAACUUGGACUACUCGGAAGAAGAUGCUAGGGAAUGGCUCAAGACAGUCAAGUUCCCGGAGAGAACACAGGGGGUUGACUUGAACGUGGUCAGGAGUACGGUCGACAUCCUGAACAAGGCCGGAGUCUUGACCCAAGGGAAAGGGAUUCAGGCCGGAGAUAUGAUUGUCAAACAACGAUAG